AUGCUACGAACAUUCAGAGACACAACUGGCAAGUUUGGGGUCCACCUUUUUAAGUGCCGUCACCAUCAUAAACCUGUACUGGCAAUCAGGAGGGAAGAUGUUAGUGUUUGGGAAAGAAGAGCACCUCUAGCACCAAAGCAUGUUAAAGAGCUAACAAAUCUGGGAUACAAAGUCUUAAUACAACCAUCAAACCGGAGAGCCAUCCAUGAAAAGGAAUAUAUAAAAGCAGGUGGCAUUAUUCAAGAAGAUAUUUCUGAGGCAUCUCUAAUUGUGGGAGUGAAGAGACCUCCAGAGGAUAAAUUAAUUCCUAAGAAGAAUUAUGCAUUUUUCUCUCAUACCAUUAAAGCCCAAGAGGCAAACAUGUCUCUACUGGAUGAAAUUCUAAGAAAGGAAAUUCGAUUGAUUGACUAUGAGAAAAUGGUUGAUCACAGAGGACUACGAGUGGUAGCCUUUGGACAGUGGGCUGGUGUAGCAGGAAUGAUCAAUAUUUUACAUGGAAUGGGAUUACGAUUUCUUGCCCUAGGACAUCACACUCCUUUCAUGCACAUUGGUAUGGCUCAUAACUACAGGAACAGCAGCCAGGCUGUGCAGGCAGUGCGGGAUGCUGGCUAUGAAAUCUCUCUGGGUUUGAUGCCAAAGUCGAUUGGACCCUUAACGUUUGUGUUUACAGGCACUGGUAAUGUUUCUAAGGGUGCCCAAGAAGUGUUCAAUGAACUCCCCUGUGAGUUUGUGGAGCCACAUGAACUGAGGGAGGUUUCCAAAUCUGGAGACCUUAGGAAAGUGUAUGGGACAGUGUUAAGUCGUCACCAUCAUCUUGUAAGGAAGACCGAUGGGGUGUAUGAUCCGGAGGAAUAUGACAAACAUCCAGAACUCUACACUUCUCGUUUUAAUACUGAUAUUGCACCGUACACUACUUGUUUGAUUAAUGGAAUAUACUGGGAGCAACACACCCCUCGCUUGUUAAAUCGAUACGAUGCAAAAAAGUUGCUGGCUCCGGUUAAACCUUCUGCUGCUGCAACUGAGGGUUGUCCAGAGUUACCACACAAACUUAUGGCAAUAUGUGACAUUUCAGCAGAUACUGGAGGAUCCAUAGAAUUUAUGACCGAGUGUACAUCAAUUGACAGUCCAUUUUGUAUGUAUGAUGCUGACCAGCAUAUUAAUCAUGGCAGUGUGGAAGGCUCUGGGAUUCUGAUGUGUUCCAUUGACAACUUACCAGCCCAGCUUCCUAUAGAAGCAACUGAAUACUUUGGAGACAUGCUCUUAACUUAUAUUGAAGAGAUGUUGUUAUCUGAUGGCUCACAGCCUCUCGAAAGCCAGAAUUAUUCACCUGUUGUACGAGAUGCAGUGAUUACGUCCAAUGGUUCAUUGACUGAUAAGUAUAAAUAUAUCCAGAAAUUGAGGGAGAGCAGGGAAUACUCGCGGUCACUAACCAAGGAUAAGAAGAGGGUCUUGUUACUUGGAUCUGGCUAUGUUUCUGGCCCUGUGAUAGAAUACCUCACAAGAGAUCCCAAUGUAGAAAUCACCGCAGUUUCUCCACUGACUCUUUAUCUCAGAACAGCAUCCAUCAUGAAGGAGCAACUUGGCCAGCUGACCAAGAAAUACAACAAUGUUACUUCUGUUCAUGUGGACAUCAUUAAGCGCGAGGAUAAACUGUCCUCCUUGGUGAAGACACACGACCUUGUGAUCAGCUUGCUGCCUUACUCAGCACAUCCUUUAGUCGCUAAGAAGUGCAUUGACAGCAAAGUAAACUUAGUGACAGCCAGCUACCUAACACCAGCUAUGAAAGAACUCCAAGAAAGUGUAGAAGCUGCUGGUAUUACGGUUAUCAGUGAAAUCGGUUUGGAUCCUGGCCUCGAUCAUAUGUUGGCGAUGGAGUGUAUUGAGAAGGCAAAAGAUGUAGGCGCUACGGUCAUAUCGUACACUUCCUUCUGCGGUGGCCUGCCAGCUCCUGAAUAUUCUGCUAAUCCUCUGCGAUACAAAUUCAGUUGGAGUCCACAGGGUGUUCUGUUGAAUACGAUUCAGUCUGCCACAUAUUUAAAAGAUGGAGAGGUUAUUAAUAUUCCAGCUGGAGGAGCAUUGCUUGAUUCUGUUGCUGUCAUGGAUUUUUUCCCAGGAUUAAAUUUGGAAGGUUUUCCCAACAGGGACAGUACAAAAUAUGCGGAACCAUAUGGUAUUCAGUCAGCCCAUACCUUGAUAAGAGGCACCUUAAGGUAUAAGGGGUAUUCGAAAGCCGUGGGAGGCUUUGUAAAAUUAGGUUUAAUAAACCCAGAUCCAUAUCCUUUGCUUAGCUCAACGGCACUACCUAUAACCUGGAAAGAGCUGAUGUGUAAGCUGCUUGGACUCAAACCUUCUGCCGAAUCUGCUGUCCUUAGAGAUGCAAUCUACAACAAACUGGAACAGGACAACAGUCAGCUGCAAGCAGUGGAAUGGUUAGGGAUACUUGGAGAUGAGCCAGUUCCUAUAGCAGACUCCAUUGUGGGGGCACUUGCCAAGCACAUGGAGCUGAAGCUGCCCUUUGGUGCUGGAGAACGAGAUAUGAUAAUUAUGAGAAAUGAAAUAGGUAUCAGGCACCCAUCUGGCCAUUUGGAAGAUAAAUUCAUCAAUCUGGUUGUGUAUGGUGAUGAUAAAGGAUAUUCUGCAAUGGCUAAAACUGUAGGGUACCCCACAGCUAUUGCUGCUAGGAUGGUUCUAGAUGGUGAAAUUGAUGCCAAAGGCAUGGUAAUUCCAUUGACGAAGAAUAUCUAUGCACCAAUUCUUGAGCGCAUUAGAGCAGAAGGCAUUGUAUGUAGUACCCAAAGCAUUAUCCGACAAGAACUAACAAGAGAUUGA